CGGAGAAAACGGGCAGCCAAGCAGCAUCUGAGUAACUGGAGCAAAAAGAAAAAAAAAAUACGUUGGCUGGGUCAUAAUUACCGAUUUCUGAUUUUCAUUAUUCCGAAGCACAGACGGUCUCUGCAACAGAGCGAAGGCGGACAUGAACGUGGAGGUUUUUAAUUUGGGCUCGGGAAGCUGAGAGAGCACAUACCGCAGCCCUCCGGACACACUUCGGUUGGGAUAAGCCAUCUGUGGUACUGGGUGUGCGCGGCGCAGUAACGGUGCUAGACAACCGGUGAUUCCGUCGACAGCUAGCUCAUCUUUUAGCCCAUUCGGCUAACAUUUUUYCCCCCCUCCACCCUACCGGGAGAAGAGCGGCAGCGUCUCGUUGUGGAACUAUCCGUGGAUGCAGCUGUGGGAGUCCCCGUGCUAAAUUUCCACCAGUCGUGGGGGAAAAACGAACCCGAGGCAUGUAAAAAAAAAAAAAAAAGAGGGGUGUUUCUUCGCAGACAAGCUAAUGUGGCUAGCCGGCUAAUUCGGUCUAAUAUAGUCCCUGAUUUCCCGGUUAUUGACACUUUUUGGUGGGGUUUGAAUCACCAGACUCGUGUUGUCUAGCGCAAAAGCGACCACAUUUAGCAAACAUWAUAUCUCGUAAAACAUAGGUCGUCAUUGAUCACUUGAAAGCCCGUGUGGGAGGGAUUUCUUGCGGAGAGAGCAUCCUCGUUUACCUGGAUGACCAUGGCGGACGACGACGUGCUGUUCGAGGAUGUCUACGAGUUGUGCGAGGUGAUUGGCAAGGGUCCCUUCAGUGUGGUGAGGCGCUGCAUCAACAGGGACACGGGCCAGCAGUUUGCUGUAAAGAUUGUGGAUGUUGCCAGCUUCACCUCCAGCCCUGGCCUCAGCACAGAAGAUCUGAAGCGAGAGGCCAGCAUCUGCCACAUGCUCAAACACCCCCACAUCGUGGAGCUGCUGGAGACCUACAGCUCCGAUGGCAUGCUCUACAUGGUCUUUGAAUUUAUGGAUGGAGCAGACCUGUGUUUUGAAAUCGUUAAGAGGGCGGAYGCUGGGUUUGUUUACAGCGAAGCUGUGGCCAGUCACUAUAUGAGGCAGAUUCUGGAGGCGCUUAGGUACUGCCACGACAAUAAUGUGAUUCAUCGCGAUGUAAAGCCUCACUGUGUGCUUCUGGCCUCAAAAGAGAACUCUGCUCCAGUAAAGCUGGGAGGAUUUGGAGUUGCAAUACAGCUUGGAGAGUCGGGUUUAGUAGCUGGAGGCCGUGUUGGCACUCCUCACUUCAUGGCCCCUGAGGUGGUGAAGAGGGAGCCGUACGGCAAACCAGUGGAUGUGUGGGGAUGUGGAGUCAUCCUCUUCAUCCUCCUUUCUGGCUGCCUGCCUUUCUAUGGCACUAAGGAGCGCUUGUUUGAGGCCAUCAUUAAGGGGAAAUAUAAGGUGAUGAAUCCACGCCAAUGGGCUCACAUCUCAGAGAGCGCCAAGGACCUGGUGAGACGCAUGUUGAUGCUGGACCCCGCUGAGAGAAUCACCGUCUACGAGGCCCUCAACCACCCCUGGCUGAAGGAGAGGGACAGGUAUGCAUACAAGAUCCACCUGCCCGAAACGGUCGAGCAGCUGAGGAAGUUCAACGCCAGAAGGAAGCUGAAGGGUGCAGUCCUGGCUGCUGUUUCCAGCCACAAGUUUAACUCCUACUAUGGAGACCCUCCUGAGGAGCUCCAUGACUUCUCAGACGACCCAACCUCCUCAGGACUGCUAGCUGCUGAAACAGGGGCAGUUUCGCAGGUUUUGGACAGUCUGGAGGAAAUUCACGCACUGACAGACUGCAGUGAGAAGGACAUGGACUUCCUGCACAGCGUCUUCCAGGAUCAGCACCUGCACACCCUGUUAGACCUUUAUGAUAAAAUCAACACCAGGUCGUCCCCGCAGAUAAGAAACCCUCCAAGUGAUGGAGUGCAGAGAGCCAAAGAGGCUCUGCUGCAGACCCACGAUGUGGUGGCCCACGAGGUGUACAGCGACGAGGCGCUGAGGGUGACACCGCCUCCCACCUCGCCGUAUCUGAACGGAGACUCCCCAGACAGCACCAACGGGGACAUGGACCUGGAGAACGUGACCAGGGUCCGGCUGGUCCAGUUCCAGAAGAACACAGACGAGCCGAUGGGCAUUACUCUAAAAAUGAACGACCUUAACCACUGUAUUGUGGCUCGCAUCAUGCAUGGUGGCAUGAUCCAUCGACAAGGGACUCUGCAUGUUGGCGAUGAGAUCCGAGAGAUUAACGGCAUCAGCGUAGCCAAUCAGACUGUAGAGCAGCUUCARAAGAUGCUGAGGGAGAUGAGGGGUAGCAUCACAUUUAAGAUUGUACCCAGUUAUCGCUCCCAGUCGAUGUCAUGUGAGAAAGAGUCUCCGGAUUUAUCUCGCCAGUCACCUGCAAACGGUCACGCCAGCGUCACAAGCUCCAUCCUGGACCUGCCAUCAACGAUCCAGCCUAAAGGCCGUCAGAUGACCAGACCUGCUAUGAAGGACAAAUUGUCCAUCAAGAUUUACGUUCGCGCCCAGUUUGAGUACGACCCGACAAAAGACGACCUGAUCCCCUGUAAGGAGGCGGGCAUUCGCUUCCGAGUGGGCGACAUCAUCCAGAUCAUYUCCAAGGACGACCACAACUGGUGGCAGGGAAAGCUGGAGAACACCAAGAAUGGCACAGCAGGCCUCAUCCCCUCGCCCGAGCUGCAGGAGUGGCGUGUGGCCUGCAUAGCGAUGGAGAAGACCAAGCAGGAGCAGCAGGCCAGCUGUACCUGGUUUGGCAAAAAGAAAAAACAGUACAAGGACAAAUACCUGGCCAAGCACAACGCAGUGUUUGACCAACUAGAUUUGGUGACUUAUGAAGAAGUGGUGAAACUACCGUCGUUCAAGAGGAAAACACUUGUUUUACUCGGAGCACACGGAGUCGGUAGGAGGCACAUCAAGAACACGCUCAUCGCCAAACAUCCUGACCGCUUCGCCUACCCCAUUCCUCACACCACUCGGCCUCCUAAAAAGGACGAGGAGAAUGGGAAGAACUACUACUUUGUGUCUCACGACCAGAUGAUGCAGGACAUCAGCAACAACGACUACCUGGAAUAUGGCAGCCAUGAGGACGCCAUGUACGGGACCAGGCUGGAGACCAUCAGGCAGAUCCACGGUCAGGGCAUGAUCGCCAUACUGGACGUUGAGCCACAGGCACUAAAGAUCCUCAGGACAGCAGAGUUUGCUCCCUAYGUCGUCUUCAUUGCAGCUCCAACCAUCACCCCUGGCAUGACUGAGAUUCCAAAAUGGUGCAGGAAGCUACCU